CCCAUCCCCCAACGGGGCUCCGCGGGUCUCCUGCAUGUUCCUGCCCCAGAACUGUGUAUGAGAACUUGGCUCUUCCAGCUGGGGCGGAAGCAGCCUUCCCUACGACUACGACUCAGCUCGCUGGCGUGUGUGUCCGACGUGAGGCGGCUGGAGCAGCGCCCCGCAGACAUCUAGCCGUGCGCAGUGGGCAUCGGGCAGCCUGCCUCGGGGUUCCUGCUUAGCUCCGGGUUUGUGAGGUGAUCUUCUGAAUUUACCAGCUGCAGAAUGCGUGGCACCUUAAAAGGUUGGCCAUGAUGAGUAAACAGGAAUCAAAGGAAGACAAGAUGCUGGAGGUUCAAUUCGUGGGAGAUGAUGAUGUUCUUAAUCACAUUCUUGAUAGAGAAGGAGGUACUAAGUUAAAGAAGGAGCGAACUCAGCUUUUGGUUAACCCCAAAAAGAUAAUAAAGAAGCCGGAAUAUGAAUUGGAGGAAGGUGACCAGGAAGUCUUAAAGGAUCAGAACUAUGUAGAAGUUUUGGGAAGAAAUGUUCAAGAAUCCUUGAAAAAUGGCUCUGCUGCAGAUGGGGGGAAUAAAGUUUAUUCUUUUCAGAAUAGAAAACCCCCUGAAAAGAUGGCUAAAUUAGCUUCAGAACUGGCAAAAACACCAAGAAAAAGUGUUUCAUUCAGUUUGAAGAAUGACCCUGAAAUUACGAUAAGCGUUCCUCAAAGUAGCAAGGGGCAUUCUGCUUCAGACAAAGUUCAGCUAAAAAGCAAUGACAAAAAUGAAUUUAUGGCAACACCACCACGUAGUCUGAGGAAAAGAUUAAUAGUGCCAAAGUCUCAUUCUGACAGUGAGAGUGAAUAUUCUGCUUCGAACUCAGAGGAUGAUGAAGGGGUUACAAAGGAAUAUGAAGAAGACACUAAUGAAAUCAUGUUCAGCCAAAAGAUUCAAGCUCAGAAUACAGUAGUUUCAGCUCCUGGUAAAGGAAUACCUUCUAAGAAAAUGAAAAGAGAUAAAACAAGUGACUUAGUAGAAGAAUAUUUUGAAGCUCACAGCAGUUCGAAAGUUUUAACUUCUGAUAGAACACUGCAAAAGCUAAAGAGAGCUAAACUGGAUCAGCAAACUUUGCGAAACUUACUGAGCAAGUUUUCUCCUUCCUUUUCCACUGAACUUAAGCAAUUAAGUCAACAAUAUGAAAAAUUGUUUCCUAAAUGGAUGCUGCAGUUACACCUUGGGUUCAACAUUGUGGUUUAUGGUUUGGGUUCUAAAAGAGAUUUGCUAGAAAGAUUUCGAACCACCAUGCUGCAAGAUUCCAUUCAUGUUGUCAUCAACGGCUUCUUCCCUGGAAUCACUGUGAAAUCAAUCCUGAAUUCUAUAACAGAAGAAGUCCUCAAUCAUAUGGGUACUUUCCGAAGUGUACUGGAUCAGCUAGACUGGAUAAUAAACAAAUUUAAAGAAGAUUCUUCUUUACAUCUCUUUCUUCUUAUCCACAAUUUGGAUAGCCAAAUGUUGAGAGGAGAUAAUAGCCAGCAAAUUAUUGGACAGUUAUCAUCUUUGCGUAACAUAUACCUUAUAGCAUCUAUUGAUCACCUCAAUGCUCCUCUCAUGUGGGAUCAUGCAAAGCAGAGUCUUUAUAAUUGGCUCUGGUAUGAAACUACUACAUAUAGUCCUUAUACUGAAGAAACCUCCUAUGAGAAUUCUCUUCUGGUUAAACAAUCUGGAUCUCUACCACUUAGUUCUCUGACUCAUGUCUUACGAAGCCUUACCCCUAAUGCAAGGGGGAUUUUCAAGCUACUAAUAAAGUAUCAGCUGGAUAACCAGGAUAACCCUUCUUACAUUGGACUUUCUUUUCAAGACUUUUACCAGCAGUGUCGUGAGGCAUUCCUUGUCAACAGUGAUCUGACACUCAGAGCCCAGUUAACUGAAUUUAGGGAUCACAAACUUAUAAGAACAAAGAAGGGAACUGAUGGAGUGGAGUAUUUAUUAAUUCCUGUUGACAAUGGAACAUUGACUGAUUUCUUGGAAAAGGAAGAAGAGGAGGCUUGAAGCUGUGCCCUUUACUCUUGAACUUCCAUGGGUUAUUGUGCCCCAGCUGCCACUCCUCUAGUCAAGUGUUGUGUUUACAUCCAACAUUAGAUUAUUUUGCCAGCAUACAAGAUUUACUAUUGGGAGGGGAGAACUCAUUAAUUAGAACUUUUGAUCUGCCUGGCUGGUGUAUCAUGUCUAGUACUAUGCAGUGGUCCUCGAAUUGGGAAAAAAAAUGUGCCUUUCAUUCAUUACCUCUCUGGAGACUUCUUGCUGGGAUGAACAGUGUGCUCAGGGACUAUUUGGAACUGGAUGUUUUUGAAUUCUUUUAUACUAGAGAUACUAUUCCUAAUUUUUUGACGGCCUUUAACACUCCUGGAGCUGAUUGGUUGUAAGUGUGCUUGUUCCAGAGAGUGGAAGUACAAACACAGGAAUUACAUGUGUUCUAUGUAUGGGAACUGAGUGGAGAAAGCAGAUCAGCUCUUACUGUUUUUGAAAUGCCAAGAAAUGGUAUAGGUGAAAAAGUAGCAGUGAUCCAGCUUUCUUCUUUUGGAUUUAGGCUACAUGCCUCGGGGAGGGGGUGUCUAAGGAGUAUAUAGUGUACAUACCCAAUCUAAAAAGCACAUUAACUAUGGAUCAAGAUAUUUUAAAAGUUAGUAUCUGUGCCAUGAUCUUGGACUUCAUGAUGCAAGGGAGAAGCCAGGCUAGGGAAAAAGUCCUGGAUUACGUUUUAGUAAUUGUUUUAAAAACAACAAAAGAUAAAAAAAAUUUCAUUAUUCUUGUAUAUUGACAUAUUUUCUCUUCUUAACAUGCAGGUGGGUAGCAUAGUAAUGACUGCAUAAAAUCUUGAUUUCUCUGUCAAGUGGGCCUAAAACUUACUGUGUAGUUCUUUCUUUCUUUCUUUCUUUCUUUUUUUUUUACAAUCUUGAGCCUCCUAAAUAUUUAUU